AUGGACGCUCUGUUGUUUGCAGUUAUUUUAGAAGUUGCCUUAUUACAAAUGAAAAUAUUGGAAACAAGUGCGAGUCGGCGAGAGCUCAACGCUAGCAAAGCGGCGGACCAGGCUCGAGAGAAGCUCGCCAGGGACCGGAAACUUGUAACAGAUAUAUUCAAAGGAACCUUGGUACAAUUGGCUGAAAACGGUGAAUGGUAUUCCUUGAAACAAUCGGUGGAUAGUUUCAACAACGAUAAACUGCAUUUGGAAUUAAUAAAAGCUAGAAAUGACCAACUGAAAAGAUCACUUAAAGAUGUCAGUGGCGAAUUACAAAACCAAGAUCGAAAUUACACGAUGGAGGACGGCGCCUAUAAUGCAAACGUACAACUCAAAUAUGCUGACAAACUGCUGAACGCCCAAAUGGAAUCGCUGAAGAUGAAAUUGGAAGUGACUCCGGCUGUGGUGCCCAGUGUACAGCAUGAGCACUGCGUACAUAGCGAACUGCAACGUGCCUUCGAGCUGCAGAUUAAAGAAAAAGAAGAUUUACUAGAGUAUUGGCAAAAGAAAUACAUUGAAGAUAUUGCCGACAUAAGUGAACGCUUGAAAGAACAAAAAGAAAAGUAUCAAUCGACAGCCACCCGGAGGAAGGAACUUGAAGAUUUAUACGCACUACAUCAAGGUGAAAUGCGUGGUUGGUUAAAUUUCAAAAGGGAACGUGCUGCAAGAUUGGCCCGCGAGGAACAUGCAAGACAGGCGGCAACACGGAUUCAGGCAUGGUGGAGAGGGGUCAUGGUGCGACGAUGCUUUGGAGCCUUCCGUUACUUGAGAAACUCCAAAAAAGGAACCCCCAAACCCAAGAAAAAAUAA